AUGAUCAGGACGCCAGCCGGCUGCGGGAGGACCAGAUUUCGCUCAGCUUGCUCGCUCUGCGCCGUCUUACGCCCACGGCCACUGGAAACACAGCAAGACAGCGACAUCCAGCUACGUGGCUUCAAGACAUCGCUCAGGUCGCACUGCCUCGUCCGCCGAUAUUAUAAUUCUCCUUCUUUGUCCUCGCCGUCUUCUUCGUCUGCCACCGUUGCUGCAACUCGACCUCAAGCGCCGGUUUACCCCCCCGCGGCAGCCUCUACUCUGUCUCUUACAGCUCGACCAGCUCGACCAGCAGCCGCUCUCGCACAUUCGCCUUUCACGAUGGGCGGCCAGACCAGAUCGCAUGGACAUAGCCAUGGCCACGGCCACGGUCAUCACCAUCACCAUCAUGACACCACAUACCUGACCUCCAAGAACAAGCAGGAUCCGGGCGUCCGCAUCACAAGAAUCGGCCUGCUCGCCAACCUGGCCAUGGCAAUUGGCAAGGGAGUCGGAGGCUACGUCUUCCACUCGCAGGCCCUGGUGGCAGAUGCAUACCAUGCCCUCGCGGACCUGGUGUCGGACUUUAUGACCCUGGGGACCGUCUCCUGGUCGAACAAGCCGCCGUCGUCGCACUUCCCGCUGGGCUACGGCAAGAUCGAGACGCUGGGAUCACUCGGAGUGAGCGGGCUGUUGCUCGUCGGCGGAGUGCUGAUGGGACUCAAUGCUGCGGAAGUCAUACUCACCCAGUUCUUCCCGGACAUUGCGGAUGCCGCUGCUCAUAUGGGCUUGCUCGGCCACGGCCAUUCACACGGACACUCCCACUCCCACUUCCCGACCGACCAGGCUUACGGGCCUAAUAUCAACGCUGCCUGGCUUGCUGCAGGCUCAAUUGUCGUCAAGGAGUGGCUUUAUCAUGCCACUAUGAAAAUUGCAAAGGAGAGGAAAUCCUCUGUCCUUGCAUCCAACGCCGUCCAUCACCGCGUCGACUCACUCACAAGCAUAGUUGCUCUGUUGACCAUCGGCGGCGCACAUGUCUUCUCUGACGCUACCUGGCUGGACCCGGUGGGCGGUCUCCUCAUCUCCAUCAUGAUCAUCAAGGCAGGGUUCGGAAACACCAGAGCCACUCUACUAGAAUUAGCCGACGCAGGCGUCGAGGAGAGCAUGGUAGACUCCGUCCGCAAGUAUGCCGCCCAAGCCAUCGCCACGCUCCCGGACGGUACCGGUGUCGAGCUGCGGAACAUCCAAGGCGUCAAGUCUGGCCCCAACUAUCUGAUGGAAGUCGACCUAGCUGUGCCUGGUUCGUGGUCCGUUUCUCGGACUCGUGAGGUUGAACGGGUGAUUCGGGAACGUGUGGGAGCUCGUGUGAGAGGCGUUAAGCGGCUACGAGUCCGGUUCACUCUCGAUACAGAGAAGGAGCUUGAUUUUGCGGAGGAGUUCAUUGCGCCAGACGUCAGUCCUCGAAGCAGCCCUGAACCUGAACCAGAGACCAAUGGAAACGGCACCAUAGCGACAGGAUCACAGCCACAGCCGCAAGUUAAUGGACAUCGGAGACAACAUUAA